AUGGCGUACUGCUCGCUCGCUGGAGAGCCUGUUUUACCGCAGACCCAGGCGGUCUUUCCCGAAUACAAGCUAAAGUUCAAAAGCAAGCCUGUCAAAGAAAUCAUGGAAACUGUCUUGAAGGAGAGGCUGGAGGGUGUCGAAUACAACGCCGAAGAAUCACCACUUCUGACCAAAAGGAUUGCCGGCGAAAUAAAAGACAGACUUUUAGACCUUGAGGUGCCUCGGUACAAGAUUAUGGUUAACGUCAUUCUCGGAGAGCAACGACGCCAGGGUAUUAGGCUGGGAAGGCGCUGCUUCUGGGACGGGAAUACAGACUCUCUCGCAAAUGAAACAUUCACGAAUGGUAGCCUUUUUUGCAUUGCGACAGCGUACGCCGUCUACCUGUACUAA